GAGAGAGAUACGCGUGAGUGGUUUAGUGCGUGAAUCACAUCAUGCUCAGUGUUUAAUCCUAAACACCAGCACACUCACUCUGACCCAGACCCAGUGUUUCAGUGAUCAUGUCAGCCAGGGAUGAAGAAAUGUACACGUAUGAAUUUUGGGAUGCAGAUCAUCCAUCAGAAAUGCUGGGUGCACUUCGGGAGUUCUACACCUCUGGCCUCUUUUCUGACGUCACACUGUGUUGCACAGGACGGAUGUUUCACUGUCACAAGGCCUUGCUGUCAGCCAGAAGCGCUUACUUUAAAGUGAUGUUCACUUCAGACAUGAGAGAACGCUCGGAUCACGUUAUCAAUCUGCCCGGCGUAGACGGUGAGAUACUGGCUGCUCUGGUAAACUACGUGUAUACGUCCAAACUGUGCAUCACGCAAGCUAACGUGCAGAGCCUUCUCGAAGCAGCCGACCUCCUGCAGUUCGGCUCAGUGAAGAAGGCCUGCGAGAGGUUUCUGAUCAGGUUUUUGGACCUUGAUAACUGUCUUGGAAUGCACUCGUUUGCUGAGCUCCACGUAUGCCCAGCGCUGGGGCGUGAAGCUCUCAGGAUCAUACUCAGCAGAUUUGAGGAUCUGAUACAUCAAGAGGAGUUUCAGGCACUAGACCUUAAAAAACUGCUCACACUUCUGUCUGCUACAAACCUGAAUGUGAGCAGGGAGGAGAUAUUAUUAGACGCUGUAGUGAAGUGGGUGACCUUUGACAUUGAUUUGCGAAAAGACAGUGUGCUGGAUCUACUGGACUGCAUUCAGCUGGACGUUGAUGACCUGUAUCUCACGAGUGCUUUACAGAUACACAGAGCAUGUAAUGAAAACACGCUACGAUCCGUCAUUAUUCAGUCCAUGAAAUCGUGUGGAAAAGACUUCUCUAUAACGUCCAAAAACCUCACAUCCUGCAUGUAUGUAACAGGAGGGUAUUACUGGCGGCCGCUGUCAGAAAUCCACAUAUGGGAUCCCAUUUCGAACACAUGGGCACAAGGGAAGGACAUGCCCGACUGUGCAAGCGAGAGUUACAGCGUCUCACUCCUGGGCCCCAACAUUUAUGUGACAGGAGGAUACAGGACACAGACCGUUGAUGCUCUGGACACAGUUUGGAUUUAUAAUAUAGACUCGGAAAAGUGGACAGAGGGCUGUCCUAUGAUCACUGCUAGAUAUUAUCACUGCUCUGUAGCCUUACAUGGAUGUAUAUACGCUAUAGGAGGAUACAGCGCCGGUGCCCCUGCUAGUCAGACAGAGUUCUACGAUCCGUUAAGAAAGAAAUGGUUCCAAGUGGCAGAUAUGAUACAAGGUGUUGGAAAUGCUACUGCAUGUGUGGUGCAUGACCGAAUCUUUGUGACCGGAGGUCAUUAUGGGUACAGAGGCUCCUGCACCUAUGAGAAAAUUCAAACGUACAGAGCCGACAUGAAUGAGUGGAGCAUUGUGACGAUAAGUCCAAAUCCAGAGUACGGUCUUUGCUCUGUGUCACUGCACAACAAGCUGUACUUGGUUGGAGGACAGAGCACCAUCACAGACUGCUACGACCCCGAGAAGGACGAAUGGACGCAGAUCGCCAUGAUGAAGGAGAGAAGAAUGGAGUGUGGAGCCGCAGUCAUAAAUGGUUUUAUCUACGUGACUGGUGGCUAUUCCUACUCGAAAGGGACAUACCUGGACAGUAUCGAGAGGUACGACCCCGAGCUGGACUGCUGGGAGAUUGUAGGGAACCUACCUAGUGCGGCGCGCUCGCAUGGCUGUGUUUGUGUGUACGGCAUGUAGAGUUACUGAUGAUGUGUUUAUCUCUCUGUGUAUUCCAUACGGGAUCCCAUUUACAGCCUGGGUCAAUACGAGAAAUGCAGUAUUAUGUUA